AUGCAUUUCUCCAUCUUCACUGUGCUUGUUGCCACUACUACCCUGGUGGCUGCCAUUCCAAAUCCCAAGCCCCCAUGUGGGACUUGCAAUCCAAUCUCUGGCCAGAACCGUUGUGAUGUUACCACCUCGUGCAUCAACACUGGAACCUCCUUCCACUGUGCCUGCCGUGCUGGCUACAAGGCAUCGUUGAACAACAACGACGUGAACAAGCAAUUCCGCCUGCCGAUGCCGAACUAUGAGUUCCUUGUCUUCGUCCCCGAGAACACGCCCUGCAACACUCUCUGCGGUAACCCCAUGGCUCCUCCAUCGGCCCUUUGCAACGAAGUUCCACUUUAUAACCAGUGCCCGGCAUAG